UCCCUUUGCUUUCUCCCCAGGAAAGAUGGGAAUGUCGCCCCACCUCCCCUUCCGAGACCCCCAGCUCGCCGAGGCCAGCCAGCAGCCUAGACGGCUGGGUGGGCCGUGGCCCUUCAGAGUUCUGCCCGAUGGUCACCACAAGCAGCCCUCCCCCACCCCCACCCACGUCCCCCUCCUGGAGCGAGCUCUUCUUUUCCCCAAUGCAGGCCGAGCUCAAGGUCAGCAGCCGCCAGAUGCAGGCCCUGGUAGCCAGGAACAUCAUCAAUGCGGCCCGCCGAAAGAGCUGCUCCUCCCCCAAAUCUCCGGGGUCAGAGUGGCUGAGGCCCUUCUCCACCACGCAGGCCCUCCCCCCUGCCAGCCCCAGAGGGCUGGGCAGCCCCUGCCCUCCUCUGAAGAGCCCCCUGGGAGAUGGCCAUCGCCUUUCCUCCCUGCCUGGUGGUACCUUCUCUCCCAUCUUGAAGAGCCCCCUGACCUCGCCCCCACCCCCGUUGGGGGACGGUCCCCAGCCCUUCCUUCCAGCGGGGGGCUCCUGCCCCAGCCCCAGGAGCCCCGGUGCCACCAGACCCUUGGGCUUCAGGAGCCCGGUGCCCUCCCCUGGCCCACAGGCUCACUCACCUGCCAAGCCAUACAUCAGCCGCUCCCCCACGGACUCUGACGUCGACUCUGAGGACUCUGGACUCAAGUCCCCCAGUAUCCGGGGCUACAACAUCUGCCCCCGGGGCUGGAAUGGGGGCAGUCUGCGGCUCAAGAGAGGCAGCCUCCCUUCGGAGACCUCCUGUACCUCCUAAGAGCCACCUGGCCUGGGGGCGGAGAGGGAGAAAUGCUGGUGGGUCGGGGGCUUCAGGGUGGGCGGCCUGGGUGGGAUACUUUCCCAGGAAGGGGCCGAGGACAGCUGGGGACAGCUAACAUGGGAGCAUCCUCCGCUUCCCCAGUUUUAAACCCCUUUGGGGAGGGGACUCCUGACUCAGCACCCAUUACCCCCAGUGGGGAGAACCAAGUAUUUCUGGGUUUCUUUCCCAUCACUCUGCCACCUAGUGGAGCACUCAGUCCCUGGCUAGUCCCCGCCAAAAGCCAACUCUGGGCUCUUUGGGACCAAGGACUGAGAUUCAUUGCCCCCCCACCCGCUUUCUCUCCGGCCUCAGAGACCCGGAGGUGUGAAGGGCAGGAGACAACUUAGCAGCCCAAAGGGCCAAGUGUGAAGGGGGCCAGCCCCUCCCAGGGAAGCUGGGGAGCCAGGCUGAGGUGGCUCCUGGACGCGGUGCCAGCGGGCUUGGCAGGGCCAUGUUUGGCCAGUGUCAGGUGUUUUCCAUCCCCUCCAUGACCCCAUCCUCUAUUUUUACCACGGUGACCUUUAAAGGCAGCUUAGCUUCUGCUAGUCCUUUAGGUGCCAAACCCUGCCCUUGGAGCUCUGGAGCUGCGGCAGACCCGUGAAGGGACAUGGGAAGGGAGAAUGGAGAAGUAGGAACCUCCCAAAUUGAUAGGAACAGUGGUCCUUCUCGGGGCACUGUUGGGUGGGUUUGGCGUACCCUGCCCACCUGCUCCCUUCCAGAUGCUGUAGGGUACCAGUUCCAGCAUGGACACACUCAGUGUAAGAAAAACAUACUUCCCCUUCCAACCCUGCAGUUUAAACCAAAAACAUGAGAAUUGAAGAUAAAAUCAGAGAGUGUCUAACCCCAAAAGGGUCUCCAAACCUCCCAUACACCUCCACCCUUCCCUUCAGUACCCGCAUACCCAUUAUCCCAUCCUAAGCAAAAGAAUCAAGUCUUAACAGGCUAAAGAGGGAGUGAAGGGACAAUUGGCCUUAGAUCAAGGUGGGCAGAGGACUAGAGAUGAGGAGUAUCUUUCCCUUCUUUGGGUCUUCUCUCCUUCAGGCCUCAUUCUGCCCUGUGAGUCCCUGUCUCAUGCCCCUUGGAGGGAACUGUGCACCCCUGACUCUGCUCUGUGGGGAGAUGCAUUCACCUGGGGAUUGCCUGUCAGGAGAUCUGGCCCCAGUAAGCCCAGGCAUGUUUCUCUUCCACCCCGCUGGGCCAGAUGCCCCAUGCAUCCAAAAUCCUGUGCCAGCAGUAUGGCCCCGAGCCCUUCAAGGGUAGGAAGCAGUUGGUUUGAAAACCCAGGCCCAGGGCCCCUCCUGGGGGCAUAAACUGGCCACUGCAAGGGCUUCCCACUCGGGUAGUGGGAUACCAGUGAUGCAGGCUAAGAGGGAUGGGUGGGGCCUGCUCAGGAAGGACGGCAGGUGCUUUUUUGAGGGGCAGAAGCUGGUGAAGAGCAAACUGAGGAAGAUGUGGGUGCACCAUGGAACAUCUUGCCUGGAGGCUACCCAGCCUAGGAGGACACUGGUCUCCCAAAAGCCUGUAGAGAAAGCAGGAAUGAGGAAGCUUUGGAAAUCCCUGGGCACAUUAGGGCACUGGGGCCAGGACAGAUAAUGGGAGGCAAGACAAGGCACUGAAGCAGGGCCUUUUCUCUCCUUUGUGCUGGUAGCUGGGUCUGUCCUUCCCCAAGACUCUGAGGAAAGACGGGUUAGGUGAGUCUGGUCUGAGUUCCUUUGAGAAGGUAUGAGGAGAUGAAAAUUUGUCCCUGUAUUCUGGUUCUCUCCAGUCUCUCUCCCCAUCCCAUGCCUCUGCCUAUCUCCUGGGCUUGUCAUGUCUUGCUCUCACCUGCUCAAUAAAUAAAUACUCGCAUCACCUCAGCCACUUCCUGUGUAAUUAAUAGCUGCAUCUGGAAGACUUAGCUUUUCCUCUGGGUUGUUGCUAGAUUCCCAGAGUCCAGGAGGGCCGGUGGAAGAACUACAGCUCCUCUGGGCUCGGGCCAGGUGAGACAGCCUGGGGGACUUGGAGGAGGCACGUUGUCUUACUUGCAUACUUCUGGCUGCCUUCAGUGUGACUAAAGGCAUGGAGGGAGAUGGCUCUCGGGAGUACAAGCUUUCUGGCCCGUGAGUGCCUCCCUUAGCUGACCCUAACAUUUUGGUGAACUGUAAAAACAUUGAGAGAAUUAAGAGAUCUGGUUCCGCUAACUUUGUGUGACUGGGAGUAAACUCUAUGAAUUCUUUUGGCCUUAGUUUUCCCAUCUGCAAAGUAAGCGAUUUAAACUCUUGCAGGCCUAAAACUUUAUGUCUAUGAAGUUUUGGGGGCAAGAAAAGAAUUGCUUCCAGAGGGGAUUAUUUUGAUUUCAAUGUUGGGUUAAUAAAAAGAGGGAGAAGUGGGAAUAGGGUGGGGAUUUGGGUCCUCCAAGCCAGGUAGGUAAAUCCAAUAUGGUUUCAGCCUACCUAGCAGAGAGUUAGGACUCUCCCUCCUGGGGAGGAAGUCUUUUCCCUGAGACUAAAAUUUUCUGGCAAACUGAGGCUCAGAAGUGGAUUGACUGGCUAGAUAUCAGUGGAUGUCAUACAGGCCCUGGGGAUGGUUGGAAUGCUGGGGUCUGAAGCCUGCAGGAUUCUAGGAAUUUGGGGAAUGCUGGAUUGUGGGAAUGUAUGUUUCCUUAGAAUACUGGCAUGGUAUCUAUCUCAUGUCCAGGUCCCCUGAGAUUCUCCUUUUAAGGAUUAUCUUGCUCUUUACCAAUCAGAUGAGGAAAGAAAGCAAUCAGAAAAUGUUGCAGCUUCCUAGUCUGGGUUUGAUGCACCCCCUUUAUAAAUCAGAUUGUUUGGAAUUGGGGGUGUCAGCCAGGAUUGAUUGCCUCAAUCACUUCAGUGUGUUAUUUUGUGACCUAAAGGUGGUCAGUUUCUAUGAGACCUAAAGAGGUCAGUUUUUUGGAGCCAUAGGAGAACCAUAUGUCCUGAUAUGGGGUUCCUGAGCUGAAGGUCAUGGGCCAAAAUGGGGUUCUGGAACUUUAGCUGUAUAGAAUAGCACAGUAAGUUUAAGGGACACUCAGUCUGAGACUGGGUAGUUUUCUUCCAAUCGCCUCUUACUUCGGUGUAUUAUUUCUCAGAGUGUAUAUUCUUUUCUCUUGUAAAUAAACACUGGAAAACUUACUCUUAUAAUCCGCAAGUGUGUGGAGAUGGAGGGAAAAGUGAGAAGAGGAACAGAAGGCUCAUGCAUGAGUUUAACAUUCAGUAAUUGUGACCAUGGAAUGGGAAAGGUAAUUAAGGAUGAAGUGGAGCCAGAACCCAGAAAACUAAGCAAGCUCAGGAACUAGGAAGGUUAAUAGGUUUGGUGACUUGAAUUGGGGACUCAAUGCCUGGGGCAGUUUUAGAUCACUAAAAAACCUUCCAAUAAAGAUGGCACAUAUUACAAAACAGUUAAUUAUCAAAGCUAUCUGGUGUGGGGGAAAAUGAGGAAAAAAAGAUCAAAGAAAUAGAAUAGAUAUGCUAAAAAUCCAACCAAAUGAGUAAAAAAUAUUAGAUAUUUUGAUAAAGCUAUAGAAAAUUAAAACUGGGGAAAAAUUUAUUAAUUAACAAAUGGAGUUGGGAAAGUUGGUAGAAUUUGGAUGGAAAUGGGUUUAGAUUCACAUCUUAAAAACAUAUACACCUUAUUGAAUUCUGGCUGGAUGACAGAAUUAUACAUUAAAAAAACACUUAAAAAAGGAAGAAAAUAUGUAUCUCAAAUGUGAUGGUUAGAGGAUUUUUUUUUUUUUACUCAUGAAGAAAUGUUGGGAACGGGAUGGAUAUUCUUGAUGACAUUAAAUUAAAAAAUUGUAUAACAUUUUAACUAAAAUGAGAAAAAUGAUUCUGAAAAUGUUAAUGUAGAACAUAACAUAAAAAUUUGAUAUCUAAAGUAUAUAUAAUUAUUAAAAAUUCACAAAAGUGAAUUUUCCAGUCCAUAGUGGACAAAUGGUUAAAGAAUAUGUACUGAAUAUUUUCAAAAAAGAAAACAAAUUGUUAAUAACCACUUAAAAUGCUCAACCACACUAGUUUUGAGAUGCCAAUUAAAACAAGUUUAAAGUAGCAUUUCACAACUGUCAAAUUGGCAAAAAUAAUUAAAAGGAAUGAAGCAAUGCUGGUAGAGUUGUGAAGAAAUAAAUAGUACUUAUUCAUUCCAAAUAGUACUUGCAAAUGGAAUUGCAAACCUGUAGGAUCUUUUUGGAGAGCAUUUUAGUAAUAUAUUGUAAACUUUACAAAAAUAAUUACAUCUUGUUUUUGGAAGUGUUAUCAAAAAUAACCAAAAAUCCUUGUUAAAUUAGUUUCAGUGGCAUUAUGUCAUUUAAAAAAUGGAAAUUAACUAAAAAAAUCUAACAAUAGGAAAAUGGUUAAAUAAAUGGUGAUAACAUUAGCAUAAUGGAAUCAUAUAAUGUAACUGAAUAAACAUACAUGAGGAAUAUAAAAGAUAGGAAAAGAACUUUAUGAAAUAAUGAAAAAUGAAAAAUUAAGAACCAGAAAAACCAUUUAGGGUCACAUAGGAGAAAAAUAAAUAAAAAGAAAUGGACAAAGAAUCCAGAUGAAUAUUUAGAGUGAUUGAAAACUUAUGAUGUUUCAUUCACUGAAAUUAAUAUAAAUAUAAAAUGAAUUGAUCUUUGAGAGUAAAUUUAUACUAAAUCAUUUAAUUAAAUGAAAAUGGUGAUGUUUAACCUCCAGAAAACUUAGGUGGUACAUGACAGCUGCCUUCAAGGACUGCUUAAAGUCUUAAGGCUUAAAAACAUUCUGUUUGAUAUCAGAAGAGAGAAAUAGGAACAAUGGGUGGAAGGUACAGAAAGAUUUAAGCUUGAUGUUGGGAAAAGCUUCCUAAUGAUUAGAAUUAUCCAAAAUCAUAAUGGGCUGCCUCAAGAGCUAGUGAAUACUCCCUCAUUAGAGAUUUUCAAGUGUUGGAUGGAUGGGAUAGGAGAUGGAAUAGUCUGUAUGAGUAACAAUACAUGCCAUUAUCACUGGAUUGUAAAAUAGGUGGAGAAGAAGCUAUAAGCCUGGACAAGUAGGAAGGGGUCAGAUUAUGAAGACUUUAAAAGCCAAACUGAAGAUUUUAUUUUUGCUCUUGGAGGUAACAGAUUUAUUGAAUGGAAGAAUGACAUGAUCAGUAGGAAGAUCACCUUAGGAAUUAAAUGGAAGUUUGACUGGAGCGGGGACUUGAGGCAAUACUCCAGGUGUGAGGUGAUGAAGGCCUAUCAUAAAGGUGGUGACAGUUUCAGAGGGGAUAAGGAGAAGUAUAUAAGAGGUGGUUUGAAGGUAGAAUGAUAGGACUUAGCAAUAGAAUGGAUAUGGGGGAAUGAGAGAAUGAGGAGUAAAGAGUGACACCUAGAAUGAGUUACAGUGUCAAAGGCUGCAGCCAGGUUAAGGAUGAGGAUUGAGAAGAGCCCAUCACAUCUGGCAAUUAAGAGAUUAUUGGAAACUUUGGAGAAAACAAUUUCAGCUGGAUUUUAAGCCCUGCAGCCAAACUGUAAAAUUAAGUGAGAGGAAAGGGAAUGGAAUUACCUUUUUUAGACAGCCUUUUCAAGUUUAGCCAUGGAAGUGAAUAGAGCUAUGGGAUGACAGCUAACUGGGGUGGACAGAUCAAGUGAGGGUUUUAAGGAUGGGGGACACAUGGAACGGAACAGAAUCACUUUGUACAUGUAUCCAGAGGCUGGUCUUGUCAAGAAGGGCUACCUCUUUAUAUGAGAGGAAGGUAAAGGAAGUAUGAGUAAUAUGAGACGAAAAGGAGAGAACAGAUCUCAGCACUGCUGAAAGUGAUGAGAUCAAGCACAUGAGUGUGUGAAGGUGUGGUGGGGAGGAUUAGACUUGGCAAGAAGGAUCACCUUAUUCUGAGAUGGGAGCAAGAGAUUCUGAGAUGUGACAGAAGGAAGAUGAGGAAGAUCACAUCUGAUUGUCUCAUUUAUCAAUAAGGUGAUAAUGUCCUCUAUUGUGAAAGUGGGUCACGGUAGAGUUGGGGAUUGAGUAAAGAGAAGGUUUGUAAUAGUCACUAUAGUAGUGUGAUAUCAGUGAUACCAGUCAGAGAUGAAUAAAAUGAUCAGCUUGCAUUGGUAAGAUUAGGUAGCAUGAAUCUGUGAUACACAUUUGCACGGUUUCAUGACAUCUCCAGUAGUUCAGGAGUAUGCACAGAGUGGAGAUGGCUCAAAGUUCACAAAGGUAUAAGGGAUUAAAGACUAUGAAAGGUCUCAAAUAAAGAUAGGAGGAGAGUAACAGACUGGGAGGGUGAAUAAUGGAGAGGUAAGAGGAUAGGAAAUUGUGUGUGAUCAGAGAACAGAAUUUCAGUGUUCAAGACACUAGAGAUGGAAAGUUUUAGGUAAUGUUGAGAUCUAAUGGGUAACAACUCUAUGUGACUGUGGUGGAGAACAGAAGUCAUGGAAGUUCAGAUUUAAUCAAGUCAUUCCCCUUAAUUACAUAUUUUCAAUGCCUCGCAAUUUCUGCUAGGAUAAAACACAAAAUUCUUAGCCUAACUUUAAAGCUUUACACAAUCUUCCAUACCAUCUACCUCUCUUGUCUUCUUUGGUAUUGCUUCUCUUCUUACACUCAAACGAACUUGCUAGCUGUUGCUUCCCCACCAUUGGCCGUCUCUCACCUUAAGCCUUUGUUCAAGUGGUCUCCUCUGUCUGAAAUAAUGCACUUCCCGCUCAUUUCUACUUUGUAAAUCCCUAGCUUCCUUGAAAGCACAGAACUAUCCUCAGUGUCUCCUUAAAAUUGCUUUUGUAUUCAUAAUUUGUAUUUACAUAUUUGUAUUUAUAUUUUGCAUUUUACUUGUUUCUAUGUUUGACACCAGUAGAAUGUAAGCUUCUUUAAAGCUGAGACUGUUUUGUUUUUGUUGUUUAAACCCAGUCCUUGUACACGGUGCACAUUGAAUAAAUGUUUGCCAAACUGAA